AUGCCUCCUCCCGCGCAGAGCUCAUGGCAACGGCCAGCCGCAGGUCAACCGAGACCGCCUGCUGACCCUCUCGCCUAUGCCUCGUCGCCUUCACCGUCGCCUCCGCCGCCCUUCGCCUUCCUGUCGUCCUCUCUUUGGCUGGUUUGUCUCGAGUUUAUCUUCAUCAACACACAAAAAUACAAAUAUUUAAUAGAAAGGAAAAAAAACCGUCAGGCGACACUCUGCUUAUCUAAUCAUGUGUUAUUCCCUUUUCUUCUUCCCUCCAAGCGCAGUUUGACCGCAACAACCGAACAGCCUCAGCAAGUUGCAGUCUUAUGCGAGCUAGCUAUAUAUAUUAAAUCUACACACGCGCAUUUAACGACCGCGACGGCUCUUCUCGACGCUGCAGUGUUUCUUUCUUCGUACUCCGUACCCCCGGGCUCUUCUCUGACUUCCUCGCCGUCACCGUCGACGCUGUCCCGUCCGCCUCCGCAUCCCCUUCUCCGCAAUCGCCCCAGUCUGCUCGCUGCCCAGAUUCAAGCAGAACGACAUGUCUUGGGGUUGAAACCCGCACUCCCUAGACUGAAACAUAUUUUAUUGCGACAGUGGCCUAACAAGAAAGAUGGCGGUGUCGUUGGACAGGCCGGAUGGACCAGCAGCGUCAUCAAUCUGGUCAACACAAUCGUCGGUGCUGGAGCCCUGGCGAUGCCGCACGCCAUAUCUCGCAUGGGAAUGUUUCUAGGAGUAACGGUUGUUCUUUGGGCCGGCCUCACUUCGGCCUUCGGGUUAUAUCUGCAGACACGGUGCGCUCGGUACCUGGAGCGAGGCACAUCUUCCUUUUUCGCCCUCUCCCAGAUCACCUAUCCGAAUGCAGCGGUCAUAUUCGAUGCGGCAAUUGCGAUUAAGUGUUUUGGCGUCGGUGUCAGCUAUCUCAUCAUUAUUGGCGAUCUGAUGCCCGGCGUUAUCGAAGGGUUCGUUGGCGGCACUUCUGGAGUUGAUUUCUUAUACGACCGGCAUUUUUGGGUUACUGCGUUCAUUAUUGUCGCCUUGAUCUCGAUCGGAUAUCUUGUCAUUCUGGUUGUCGCCCACUUCAUCAAGGGAGACACCAUGGCUGACCGUGGCCCUAUUCAUUUUAUUGAAUGGCAGGGCCUCAUUUCUGCCUUGAGCGUUUUUCCAGUCAUUGUAUUUGCAUAUACUUGCCACCAAAACGUACGUGGAAAAAAAAAACCUGGUUCUGCUGUGCAAAUUCUCAUACUAAUGCUCGUAUUUUUCAUGCAGAUGUUCUCGAUUCUUAAUGAGAUCGCCAACGAUAGUCAUUACAGAACGACUAGCGUGAUCGUGACGUCGAUCGGCAGCGCUGCAGCAACCUACGUUCUCGUCGGUGUAACCGGGUAUCUCUCCUUUGGUGAUACCAUUGGCGGCAACAUUGUUGGAAUGUAUGCACCAUCAUUAACGUCGACGAUUGCCCGCGCGGCCAUCGUUAUCCUCGUUAUCUUCUCCUAUCCUCUGCAGAUUCACCCAUGCAGAGCAUCCCUGGACGCAGUCUUGAAAUGGCGUCCAAACAGCAACAAGUCCCCUGCAAACACCCAUUCGCCAAAUCGAAACCCUCUAAUCCCACGAACAAGCCCACCAAGCGAGGGCAUGAGCGACAUGCGCUUUGCAAUCAUAACUACUGUCAUUAUCGUGCUCAGUUAUAUUGUUGCCAUGACCGUUUCAUCCCUCGAGGCGGUGCUGGCAUAUGUCGGCGCAACUGGAAGCACAAGCAUCAGCUUCAUCCUCCCGGGACUAUUCUACUACAAGAUUUCUUCUCCCGAGUCAGCCGCCCACCAACGUCUGAUGAAAGAAGACGACGAGCUGGAGGCAGAGGAACACUCCAAUGAAAUCGAUCCUUCGGCCGAUGCAUCCCAAGGCCUUCUGGGUCAGUCCUAUGCCCGCUUUAUGUCCCGCUCUACUAGCCAAUGGCGCCGAGGCCUUCUCCGCAAACUUAGUUUGGGCCUCGUAGUAUACGGUGUCGUGGUCAUGGUCGUCUGUCUGGUCACAAACACCUUCUUUUUAGCCUCAGACAUCAAGGGAUGA